AUGUGCUAUCAAUUAUAUCAAUAUGCAAGAAUUCAUCGACGUUAUUUCAUUCCUUUUCUUCAUAUUACCAUUUGUCUAGGUGUAUUAUUGCCUUUAUUAUUAUGUGAAUCCGAACUACAUCGAGUUGUUUUCAUUGAACAGGAUUUCAUUCAUUACGUAUGCUUCUUUACCUUUCUCGGUAUUUCGCUUAUUACUUAUGGUUUGACAAGUUGCAUUGAUCCAGGUUAUCUGACUGCUGAAAAGGCUAGAUGGUUUCGACAUCGACGUGGUCAUAUCUCGUUAGCUAGUGAUUCUGGUGAUGAACGACCUAUGUAUGUUAGUGAAUAUGAUACCGAUAUAAAUUAUAAGAAAUUGACAUUAGACCAGAAUCAUUCACAGUUAGAAUCAUGCUUUCAACGUCAACUUGAUCGCUCUGAAACUCAAUGUACAAUCGAAGAAAAUAACACUGUUCAAACAAAACCAAAUAAAUUCUCUAUGACUUUGAAAAAGGAUUGGCCAAAUAAUUUAUGCUCUAAAAUGAAUGCAGAUUGUGAAGUUCUAGUUAAUUUAUCUAUUCCUGUAAGAUUCUGUAAUCAUUGUCUUCUAGAGCAACCAUUGCGUUGUCGUCAUUGUCCAGAUUGUAAUCGCUGUGUAUUGAAGUUUGAUCAUCAUUGUCCAUGGGUUGGGAAUUGUAUUGGGGAACGAAAUCAUUCUGCGUUUGUCGUAUUUCUAUUUUGUCAAACUAUUUCAAUUUGGUGGUGUUUGUAUUACUGUUGGUAUUCAUUGGUUGAAGCAUCAAAAUGGAAUAUUUGGUUCAAGAACAACAGUAUGUUCUUAUUUUUUAUAGUAAUGCUUAUUAUUUGUGGAGUACCGGUUACUGUAAUACUUGGAUUUCAUAUCUAUUUAGCUUUAGUCAAUAAAACAACAUGGGAAACAGUAGCACAUGAUCGUAUUACUUAUUUACAAAGUUUAAAAUCUGAUGAAAAUCCUUUCAACCAGGGUUUCUUAUGGAAUUGUUAUGCCUUUUGUUGUUCUCGUCAUCCAUACGGUUGGGAUCGUAUUUAUGCUAAUUCUGCUGAACGAUGUACAGCAACUAAUACCAAUACGAAUACUGCCUGUCCACUCAAUUUAAAUGAAUCAAAUAAUAAUAAUAAUAAUAAUAAUAAUAAUAAUAAUAACAAUAAUAAUAAUAAUGAUAUAAAUGUGCUUGUGAAUCUCCCAACUAAUACAGUCAUGACUGUGUGA